GGAGAGGGGACCUAUAGGUGCCAUUGUUUCCUCUUUAAUCAAUAUCAACCAUCUUCAUUUUAUCAUUACUCUGAGUUUGAUCAUCAAUUCAGUAGAGCAAGCACAUGGGUAGUUACGUUUCAACUCAAACUCAGCAGGAGUCUUCUGCAAUGAAGAAGGUACAAGUGUUGUUCGGGUCCAACGACGACGUCGUUAAACCUCCCCUCAUCAAUGGCGAUCUUCCCUCCAAAUCACUCCGGUCUUUUCGAGAUUACGGGAGUAAAGAACAGAUAUAUUUUGACUCACAAGCAUGGUUAGAGUCAGACUGUGAUGAUGAUUUCAUGAGUGUUAAUGGUGAAUUUACUUCAUCAAGAGGCAAUACACCGGUCCACCAUAACUUCUCUUCAGGCAACAACAAACCUCAUGCUGCUGUGUUUCCAUAUGAUGAGCCAUCUCCAACUGGAUCAGAAAAGAAAAUUAGCCUUUUAGACCUUUUUAAAGAAAGCCUAAGAGUUAGCUAUCAUUUUGAAGAUGGUGAACCACUGCAAAAUGGGGUGAACUUGAAAGCGGAAAGCCCCCUUGUGCAUGGCGGUGAAGCGGUGACAAACAAUGGUCGUGGGUCGAAGACAAAGAAGGAAAGGUUCGGAAGUUGUUUUCCGACUAUGAUUUUUAGUCGUAGUCCAUCAACGAAUGGAAGAAAGAUGGCGAGUCCAUGCCUGGGUUAAAGCCCUAACUCGGAUGCCGGACUAGCCAGGAGCCGCUUGGUCGAAUGUAUAGUAACAAAUAAGAGAUAAUCACAGAAGUAACUAUUUUCCAUAUACUUUUAUAGUCAUGUCAAAGAUAUAUGUAAAAACCAUAGCCAUGUGAUACACAAUCCUAUGUCACUUAUCAACUUCCGCUCAUGUAUCAAACUUUAAUUUCGUAAA